AUAAUACAUGCUUCUUUCCAGAAAUUGUGUUGUGCGCGCUUUAUCGAGCUACAAGCCUGAAUGCAUCUAGAAUGUUUAACAGAUGGGGAAGGAUGGAAAGUUUAGCCAGUGGGCGUUUUUAACUCCUCCAACGCGCUACUCAGGCGCAAUCUGUGGCAGCUGCAACGCACCACUUCCAAAACACUGGUGGAGCACAUCGUGUCUGAACACUGCAAGCAAUCUUUCGGAGUGUUUCUAAUAUUAGAACACGUCGUGUCUGAACACGGCCCGUGCAAUUUGAGCUCAAGAAAAGAUCACUAGUGCUAAUUAUUUCCAAAUUCAUAGAUCCGACGCGCGCACGAAUAUCUAAUCAGAAAAGCAGCAAAUAGAAGCCAGCGAAGUGCAACCCAAAUGUCCCACAAAUUGUACUACGAGUUUGGUUGUUGAAUGGAAACGGCACGUAUCCAGCUCGAAAUACGAAAACUUGGAAACGAUAAGAUAAAGGUGCUCUCUUCGGAAUGCCCUGUUUUGCGAGCAUGCGCAGGUGUGGCAAACAACACUACGAUCCGAAUACUCAUCGCUGCUGUAGCAGGCUUUGGGGAUUUCCCGCAAUCUCCACAGUUUUCGUCUGUCCUCAAUGUUGAUGAAGGCAGAGAAACUACAUCAGCUUAUUCAAAUUAUAUUUUUGGGGAUGGCUGUAGGAAAAAAAAGAAUCGCACAGUUGUGAAGGAGUUGUUUUUAUCAUCUACAUACUAUUAACAUAUACAAAAUCCCCGUGCAAACUUUCGCACGACACGUUCAAGUUUCAAGAGAAUCGCCCACCAUUUCUCGGCCAAGCAAGCAGUUUGCAACAUCUUUCCAUUUUGCACGGGUCUGUCUUCUACAGAAAUACGCUCAGAGUUGAAGCGUUAUACAUAGUUCCCAUGAAGUCUUUCUUUAUUACAUUCUUUCGCGCUCCUCUCUUGCUUGAGCCAAUGAAUA